UACAGUCAAUGGCGGAACCAAAACAAGAGAAGCCAAAGGGAUUACGACUCGUUGCCAUUACUGUUUUAACGUUGAUGGCGAAGCAUCCAGAGCUAUGUUUCGGAAUAUUUGUGAUUAUCACUUCCAUAAUUUCUAAUUACAGUUCAAGUGUCCUUGAAAAAAAUGUAUUACAUCCACCAAAACACCCCAAACCAUUUUUCCCUCCUGGUUCAUCAGUUCUGGAUUACCCCUGGGGUGACUUAAUGCCAGUGGCAGACCUUUUAAUGAAGAGAGAACUGCUUGUUGUCCUGUAUUAUGCUCCCUGGUGUGACGAGUCCAUGCGAGCAAGAGCAGAGUACUCAAAAGCAGCCAGGUUCCUGCAGGACAAAGUGCUGUUUGUAGCUAUUAACUGUUGGUGGCCUCAAGGAGCAUGCAAGACCAACUACAAGUUCCAUAGAUUCCCAGAGAUCUUUGUAUAUCACACCACCAUUGAUGGAAUUCGUUACUCAGGCCCUAUAUUAGCAGAAUACAUAAUCCGUUUUGUGGAAGAACUUAUGUAUCCCCUGACCUUUCUGUACUCAGAAGAUAUGAUUUUGAAUUUUGUUUCAAAACAAGAUAAUUCAAUCAUUGGAUUUUUUGAAUUCAAUUCAUCACCACAGCCACCUGGAUUUAUUCAGUUUUUCUAUGCUGCAAUAAGAUUAAUGGAAAAAAACCCACUCCAGCCAAUUAGAUGUGGUGUAAUAACCCAGCAGUACUUGGCAGAUGAGCUUGGUUUGACAGAUAAAGAGGAGAUUAUCAUGAUCAGGACCUUCAAUGAAUCACUGUUGUAUCCAAGGACCAGUAAUCUGACAAGUUCCAAUAUUUGGAAGUGGGCACUUCUUCACAAAGAGCAGCCUAUUGUCCAGUGGCUGAAUUUGCCUGGACACAAAAGUCUAGAGCUGUCCACAGCCAUUGAUAAGAGACCAGCUUUAUUGGUGUUUGCUCCUGUUAAUCAUGUACACCCUACCAACUACUACCUGAAUAUGGUGAGGGAAGUAGGCCUGCUGUACCAUUAUUGUCAUGAGGUACCCUACCUGGAGUUCUUUCUACGACAGAGUAUGAGGGACAGAGCCCAUGUUUUCCAGAGUUACGCAGACCAACAGAAACUCUGUAAAAACUUCUACGAGGUCCAGGAAAAGCAGUUUUCUUAUCCUGACAGGAACUGUUGUGUGUCACUUGUAGGAGCAGACAACAACCUACAUAAUUCCAAGAAAAUUUGUGAUUUCUGCCGAUACAUGGAGAAAAAAUUGACUCCAGCUUUGCCCCAGUCUUGUAACCUGGGGCCAUCUUUGUUGUUUGCAGAGGAUGCAGUGUUUGGUAGCCGCAUCCAGGCGCCAUUCUGUUUAGAUGCUUUAGAUAAUUAUAAUACCAACGAAUACAGAACAUUGUGUUGCAGAGAAUGCAAAAUAGAUAUAUCUUAUAAAUCGUGUGCUUCCAUUUCAUCAAGAAGAAGCAAUGACAAUUUUGUUCGCCAAAGUAAAUCCUCACUGAAGAAAAAUAUAUGCAGGAAAUUGACUCUGCAAAAGACUCAGAAUUUAUUAAAGCCAAGCCAGUUUAUCCGAGACUUUGAGGCCAGUUUUAUCCCUGUGAAUUUUACUGGUUCUGCUUGCAGGACAAACAGAACCUUAAGUCUGUAUUUCUUAGACACGUCAUUAAAUUCAGCUUUAUUAGAGAAACUAAAUGUUCUCAGAUCUGUUGCAAUACAGAAGCCUUUUGUGAUAAUUAUUGAUAAAAAGAAUGAAGCUAAUUUUAUUCUCAGGGAAUCUUUCUCUAGAAAAAACUUAGCAAAUUUUAUUCAGAAUUAUACAGAGAGUGCAUUAGAGCGCCACCUGCGUUCAGAAAGUCCCAAGCAGUCCUGUGAUACGAGGUCACAUGAUGAUAUUUGUGUACAGGAAGUCACUUCUCAGACAUUCCAUUCUGUAGUCAUGCAGCAAGAAAAAGAUGUUGUAUUAUUGAUCACAGCCAAGUGGUGUGGAUUUUGUAUAAGUUUUUCACAUAUAUAUCUCCAAUUAGCAAAAUAUUUCUCCUUAGCCAAAGACCUCCUGUUUGCAAGAAUUGAUGCAGAUAAGAACGAUCUCAGGUGGGAGUUUACCUUGGAUUCGUAUCCCACAAUUCUCUUCUUCCCUGCAUAUAGGAAGGAAGACAGUGUGAUAUUUCCAUCCAAUGUCUCCAGGACACUACCCAACCUGAUCAAGUUCAUUUUAUCUCAUGCCACUAGUGAAGUCAAAACGGACACAGUAGUGGACAUUUGCAGUAAAACUUGUGUCAGUCAUAACAGGAGGCAGGUCGUACGUGCCAUGACGCACCUUAGAGCGAGGAAACGCAACAUCAAGAGAAGGCUUAACCUUCUGCUUCAGAGGAGAGCUCAAGGGAGGGUUGUGGUAGAGGGGGGCCUAAGGUCCCUGUGGGUGAGGUACAGGACUGUACAAAGAAAGGUCUGGAAAGCUAGUCUUCUUCAGAAACUGUUGUUUUCUCACACACAUGAGAGACUCUCUCAGUCUGUGCUGAAGAAACACUUUGUAGACAUUCUGAAAGACAGGGACUUGAAGCAGUACCAAGUAAAACAUGAUGAAUUAUGAUUGUAUUAUUCUUAUAGGUAUAUGGUUUAGGUCAUUCAAGUACCUGGUAACUUUUUGUUCUACAUAUACAUUUACAAUAUGGAAAGUCCCUUUUAAUUGCUUUUGAUUUUGAAUGGAAUUAGAAACUGUCAGAUGAGUAGAGAUAAAAUACUACAUGCAGCUUUAUUUUCACCCCCUUUUUUAAGUAGGAUAGUGACUUCAAAUAUAAUGUAGUUAAGGUCUCAAAUUAAUGACAUAGGUAUUGAAGGAAAACUGCAAACAAAAGAAAAAAAAUUUGUUCAAAGCUCAAAAUUAAUAAAUAUGAAAUAAUUAUGCUUUUUACAGUGAUGUUAAUAUUUAGAAGUAUGUGCACUUAAGCCAUAUUUUCUUUUUGUUAAGAAAGAAGGCAAUAUUAAUGGUAUAAAGGGCUGAAUUUUAGCAAAUACAUUGUUACAAUUAAUCUGUUUUAUUUUAAAAAUAUAUGUAUAUUUUGUGAUAGUGAGUAUGUUCUAUGAUAUACAUGUAUGUGUUUAUGUAUUCAUUUUGUUCACUAUGUGCUAAUGCUCUAGACUUUUUAAAUAUUGUGAAAUUGUUUGUGUUUGUAAAAGGUGUAUCAAUGUAUUCAAACAAAAAAUGCCAUUUACAGUGUGGCACUGAUAGUGAGGUACUAUAUAAUUUUCCACAUCCAUUUAUUGCCAACAAUAUCUUAUUUUUAGCUCACCUCUACAAAGUUUGGGUAGCUAAUGUAAUACCUUUGGUGUCUGCUUCAGUGUCCCAGGUUAAACUUUUUUGGAGCAGAUUUCUUUCCAAGAACUUCUAUACCCUAUGUUGAUCAGAGAUGCAUGGAGGAUGCAUUUAGCAUGUUUUAUUGUAUCAAUCAGGUUUUGUUUUCUGCAUUUGAGCCAAAAAAAAAAUGACCCAGUUAUUGCAGCCCGGAGGACCGGGCUGCUCUAUACAUAUAAGUUUAAGUGUUGGUAUAUGGGGAUUGAGGUGGGAGAAGUUAUUCAGAAUUAAAGGUUUUCUAAACAUUAAAAAGAUUGUUAAUCAGAAUGUUCUUUCCCUUUAUAAAUUACGAGAUACACAAUAUAUUUACUUCCAUAAAGUGAAUCUGUAAAAAUAUAUAUGUUUUUCAUAUUUAAUAUAUAAAGUUGCUUAUCAUUUACUAUCGAAAAAACGACAGGUUCCUUUUUUUAGAACAUC